AUGGAGGCGAGCGCCGGGCUGGUGGCUGGCUCCCACAACCGCAAUGAGCUCGUCGUCAUCCGCCGCGACGGCGAUCCCGGGCCGAAGCCGCUGCGGGAGCAGAACGGGCAGGGGUGCCAGAUUUGCGGCGACGACGUCGGGCUUGCCCCCGGCGGGGAGCCCUUCGUGGCGUGCAACGAAUGCGCCUUCCCCGUCUGCCGGGACUGCUACGAGUACGAGCGCCGGGAGGGCACGCAGAACUGCCCCCAGUGCAAGACCCGAUACAAGCGCCUCAAGGGCUGCCAGCGUGUGACCGGUGAUGAGGAGGAGGACGGCGUCGAUGACAUUGACAACGAGUUCAACUGGAACGGCCAUGACUCGCAGUCUGUGGCCGAGUCCAUGCUCUACGGCCACAUGAGCUACGGCCGUGGAGGUGACCCUAAUGGCGUGCCACAGCCUUUCCAGCUCAACCCCAAUGUUCCACUCCUCACCAACGGGCAGAUGGUCGAUGACAUCCCACCGGAGCAGCAUGCACUGGUGCCUUCUUUCAUGGGUGGUGGGGGAAAGAGGAUCCAUCCGCUUCCUUAUGCGGAUCCCAGCUUACCUGUGCAACCCAGGUCUAUGGACCCAUCCAAGGAUCUUGCUGCAUAUGGAUAUGGUAGUGUUGCUUGGAAGGAGCGGAUGGAGAGUUGGAAGCAGAGGCAGGAGAGGAUGCACCAGACGAGGAAUGACGGUGGUGGUGAUGACGGUGACGAUGCUGAUCUACCACUAAUGGAUGAAGCAAGACAACCGCUGUCCAGGAAAAUUCCGAUUCCAUCGAGCCAGAUCAAUCCAUAUAGGAUGAUUAUCAUUAUUCGGCUUGUGGUUUUGGGGUUCUUCUUCCACUACCGAGUGAUGCAUCCGGUGAAUGAUGCAUUUGCUUUGUGGCUCAUAUCGGUUAUCUGUGAAAUCUGGUUUGCCAUGUCUUGGAUUCUUGAUCAAUUCCCAAAGUGGUUCCCUAUUGAGAGAGAGACUUACCUAGACCGGCUGUCACUGAGGUUCGACAAGGAAGGCCAGUCAUCUCAACUUGCUCCAAUUGAUUUUUUUGUCAGUACAGUUGAUCCCUUGAAGGAACCUCCUUUGGUCACAGCAAAUACUGUUCUGUCUAUCCUUUCGGUGGAUUAUCCAGUUGAUAAGCAUUAUCUGAAACAUCUGAAUUUGCAAAGAAAUGGGUUCCUUUCUGCAAAAGGUACAAUAUUGAACCUCAAGGCUCCAGAGUGGUACUUCCAACAGAAGAUAGACUACUUGAAAGACAAGGUGGCAGCAAGUUUUGUUAGGGAGAGGAGAGCAAUGAAGAGGGAGUAUGAGGAAUUCAAGGUCAGAAUCAAUGCCUUGGUUGCUAAAGCACAGAAAGUUCCUGAAGAAGGAUGGACAAUGCAAGAUGGAACCCCCUGGCCUGGAAACAAUGUUCGUGAUCAUCCUGGAAUGAUUCAGGUCUUCCUUGGCCAAAGUGGAGGUCUUGACUGUGAGGGAAAUGAACUGCCACGAUUGGUUUAUGUUUCAAGAGAGAAACGACCAGGCUAUGACCAUCAUAAGAAAGCUGGUGCUAUGAAUGCAUUGGUCCGAGUCUCUGCUGUACUAACAAAUGCUCCAUAUUUGUUAAACUUGGAUUGUGAUCACUACAUCAACAACACCAAGGCUAUAAAGGAAGCAAUGUGUUUUAUGAUGGACCCUUUACUAGGAAAGAAAGUUUGCUAUGUACAGUUCCCUCAAAGAUUUGAUGGGAUUGAUCGCCAUGACCGAUAUGCUAACAGGAAUGUUGUCUUUUUCGAUAUCAACAUGAAAGGUUUGGAUGGUAUUCAGGGUCCGAUUUAUGUUGGUACUGGAUGUGUGUUUAGAAGGCAGGCAUUAUAUGGUUAUGAUGCUCCCAAAACAAAGAAGCCACCAUCAAGGACUUGCAACUGCUGGCCGAAGUGGUGCUUUUGCUGUUGCUGCUUUGGUAAUAGGAAGCACAAGAAGAAGACUACCAAACCAAAAACGGAGAAGAAAAAAUUAUUAUUUUUCAAGAAAGAAGAAAAUCAAUCCCCUGCAUAUGCUCUUGGUGAAAUUGAUGAAGCUGCUCCAGGAGCUGAGAAUGAAAAAGCUGGUAUUGUAAAUCAACAAAAAUUAGAAAAGAAAUUUGGUCAGUCUUCUGUCUUUGUUACAUCCACACUUCUCGAGAAUGGUGGAACCUUGAAGAGUGCAAGUCCUGCUUCUCUUUUGAAAGAAGCUAUACAUGUCAUUAGUUGUGGUUACGAAGACAAGACAGACUGGGGAAAAGAGAUUGGCUGGAUCUAUGGAUCAGUUACAGAAGAUAUUCUAACUGGUUUCAAAAUGCAUUGUCAUGGUUGGCGGUCAAUUUACUGCAUACCUAAACGGGUUGCAUUCAAAGGUUCUGCACCUCUGAAUCUUUCCGAUCGUCUUCACCAGGUGCUUCGUUGGGCUCUUGGGUCUAUUGAAAUCUUCUUCAGCAAUCAUUGCCCUCUUUGGUAUGGGUAUGGUGGUGGCCUGAAAUUUCUGGAAAGAUUUUCCUACAUCAACUCCAUUGUGUAUCCUUGGACAUCUAUUCCCCUCUUGGCUUACUGUACAUUGCCUGCCAUCUGUUUAUUGACAGGGAAAUUUAUCACUCCAGAGUUGAAUAAUGUUGCCAGCCUGUGGUUCAUGUCACUCUUUAUUUGCAUUUUUGCUACAAGCAUCCUAGAAAUGAGAUGGAGUGGUGUUGGAAUUGAUGAUUGGUGGAGAAAUGAGCAGUUCUGGGUCAUUGGAGGUGUGUCCUCGCACCUCUUUGCUGUGUUCCAGGGACUUCUCAAGGUCAUAGCUGGUGUUGAUACAAGCUUCACUGUGACAUCAAAGGGUGGAGAUGAUGAGGAGUUCUCAGAGCUGUAUACAUUCAAAUGGACUACCUUAUUGAUACCUCCUACCACUUUGCUCCUAUUGAACUUCAUUGGUGUGGUUGCUGGCGUUUCCAAUGCAAUCAAUAACGGAUAUGAGUCAUGGGGGCCCCUCUUUGGGAAGCUCUUCUUUGCAUUUUGGGUGAUUGUCCAUCUGUAUCCCUUCCUCAAAGGUUUGGUUGGAAGGCAAAACAGGACACCAACAAUUGUCAUCGUCUGGUCCAUUCUGCUGGCUUCAAUCUUCUCACUCCUUUGGGUUCGGAUCGAUCCUUUUCUUGCAAAGGAUGAUGGUCCACUUCUUGAGGAGUGUGGUUUGGAUUGCAACUAG